AUGGCCACAACUGGCUUACUUGCUGAAGGUGGUUCUGCCUGUGUUUUGGCUGCAGGAGUAGCUUUACUUUUCAAAUCUGCAGAAAUAGCUGUUCAGAACUCAAAUUCUGGCUGGCAGUGGUCAAGCGGAUCUGACCUGACUAAAAGAUACGAGAAAUCAGACAAUGGGAAAACAGGUUUUUUAAAAUCUAUUGAUUUAACAAAUGAAUUAUAUCAAAGAAAUACUCUGAGUAGCAUUGAUUUUGAAGCUUAUCACUAUAAUAUGUUGGGGGUUCAUUUAGUAACAGGUACAGGUGAAUUUGGUUUAGCAAAGGUUGUUAGUGCAUGGAACACAACUGAAUAUGGUGAUGAACCCCAGGACCAUUUCGCUGUAGUUUUACAUUAUGUGUCAAAUACCAGAUGGUCCGGAAAGCUGAUACUUACAAAUUAUGGGUCAAUGCAUCAGGUAGCUCGGUUGUUUGCAAGUAAUGAAAGCGACUCUUCCAAUACUCCAAGAUCUGAUAUUUAUUGGGUUACUUAUGAUUGGGAUGGAUUCAACGAAAAUUUGUUAAGACAGUACUGGACCAACUUGGAUGAUGAGAAUAUUACCAGCCAACAAAAUUCAAUCAAACAGCAAAUCGAUUACUACAAUUCCAGAGAUGAUUAUGCUGUCAGUAAGAUUUGUAUGCCAUUAGGGUCAGGGGAUGCAAUUGGCCAAAAUACGAUUCUUUUAGGAGAAACAUACGCGAACCAAUUUGGCGGCGUUGAUGGUGAGUGUGAACUGGGUUGA